AUGGAAAUCUGGUGUGAUGCCAGCAACCAUGCAGUCGGUGCGCCGCUCGUCCAACAAAAGAACAGAAAACUGAUAGAUGCAAUUGCUACGAAGAAACCAAGACUGAAAGUGGAAAGAUGUCACAGGAAACGUAGUACUGCUGGACUGAAAGACGCCCAAUAUGUGGAGUAG